AUGUCCAACCUAAAGGACCUGUACGGCCAGUCCGGUGACAAGUCCCAGACCAGUAACUUCGGUGUCGACUUUGUUAUCCAUUACAAGGUUCCUCCCUCAGAACGCGCCGAAGCCGAAGCAGGCUUCGUCCAACUCAUUCAAGCCCUCACAACUGUCGGCCUAGCCACCGAAGUCCGCCAUGGCGACAGCGAUUCCCUCCUCGUCUUCGUCAAGAUUGCCUCUCCCGAUCUCUUCGCAAAGCAGGUCUACCGUGCCCGUCUCGGAGACUGGCUCCACGGUGUCCGAGUCUCAGCUCCCCAUAGCGAUGUUAACCAAGCUCUGGAAGAUGAGCCCGUUGUCGAAGCUGAGCGGCUGCGCUUGAUCUACCUUAUGAUCACUAAACCACGCGACGAAGGCGGCGCCGGAAUUACAACCAACUCGAACUGGAAAUACGUUGACUCUGUAUUUCCUUUACACAGCCACAACUUUAACAAGCAAUGGAUAAAAAAAUGGAGCAGCAAGUCUACUCUGGAACAAGCCGAUAUCGACGAGAUUCGAGACAAGUUUGGCGAGAGCGUAGCCUUUUACUUCGCCUUCCUCCGAUCCUACUUCCGCUUCCUCGUCUUCCCUGCUGGUUUCGGCUUUGUCUCAUGGCUUCUGCUUGGCCAAUUCUCAUUUCUCUAUGCCUUGCUCUGCGGUCUCUGGUCCGUUGUCUUCUUCGAGUACUGGAAGAAGAAGGAGAUCGACUUGGCUGUGCAAUGGGGUGUCCGUGGAGUAUCCAGUAUUCAGCAGGCAAGACCCGAGUUUGAAUGGGAUCGUGAAGCUGAAGACCCUGUUACUGGGGAGGCCGUCAAGGUUUACGAGCCUAUGAAGCGCAUCAAGACUCAGUUGCUCCAAAUCCCCUUUGCAUUGGCUGCCGUAAUGGCUUUGGGUGCUCUGAUCGUCACCUGCAACUCUCUCGAGGUCUUUAUCAACGAAGUUUACACUGGACCCGGCAAGCAGUACCUGGCCUUCUUGCCUACUGUUUUCCUCGUUCUUGGCACCCCGACUAUCUCCAGCUUGCUUAUGAGUGCUGCAGAGAAACUAAACUCUAUGGAGAACUAUGCCACGGUUGAUGCCCACGACGCUGCUCUCAUUCAGAAGCAGUUUGUUCUCAACUUUAUGACCUCGUACAUGGCUCUCUUCUUCACAGCCUUCGUCUACAUUCCUUUUGGUCAUGUUCUGGUCCCAUUCCUGGAGUUUUGGAGAAAGACGGCUCAGGUUGUCACUUUCAGCGACAAGGAACUGCCAACACAAAACUUCCAGAUCAACCCUGCUCGAAUCAGCAACCAGAUGUUUUACUUUACCGUUACAGCCCAGGUUGUCAACUUUGCCACCGAAGUUGUCGUCCCCUACAUCAAGCGAGAGGUGUUUCAGAAGGCCAAGGAGCUCAAGUCUAAGCCCAAGAUUCAGGAUGAUCACGAGGAAGAGGCCGAGUUUCUCGAGCGUGUGCGUAAGGAGUGCACACUCGAGGUGUACGAUGUCUCGGGAGACUACCGCGAGAUGGUUAUGCAGUUCGGUUAUGUUGCCAUGUUCUCGGUUGCUUGGCCGUUGGCAGCUUGCUGCUAUCUUGUCAACAACUGGGUUGAAUUGAGAUCAGACGCUCUCAAGAUCGCCAUCAGCAGCCGACGUCCGAUUCCCUGGAGGACGGAUUCUAUCGGCCCCUGGUUGACUGCUCUCAGCUUCCUCUCCUGGCUCGGCAGCAUCACCAGCGCUGCUAUUGUGUACCUGUGCAGUGGUGCUCGAGGUCAUGGAGUUCACGGCACGCCAUCACCCUUGAAAGCUUGGGGUCUGCUUCUGAGCAUUCUCCUUGCCGAACACUUCUAUCUGGUUGUCCAGCUGGCAGUGCGAUAUGUGCUCAGCAAGCUCGACAGCCCUGGUGAGCAGAAAGAACGCAGAGAGCGAUUCAUGACGAAGAGAAAGCUACUCGAGGAAAACAUUGGACAAGGUGCAUCCGAGAAGGCUUCUGUUCCUGGCAUUGACAACAGCGAGAAGAUCACUCGCGCAGCUCUGGAAGAGGAGGCCCGUCAAACAUCUAUUCGAGGUCACGGAACUCCAGAGGAGAUGUUCUGGCAACGUCAACGAGGCAUGAAUGAAACCAUUGAUGUUGGACGCAGGAUGAUUGAACAGCAGAAGGCUGCUGCUCAGAAAAAUGGACAGAGCAAAUCUCCAGUCCCAAGCAUGAAGGCUUCCUAA